GAACAGGACUGAGAGUCAGUGGAUCUACAGGAACAGGAUUGAGAGUCAGUGGAUCUACAGGAACAGGAUUGAGAGUCAGUGGAUCUACAGGAACAGCAGAAUCAGUGAGGAUCUACUACAGGAACAGGAGAAUCAGUGAGGAUCUACAGGAACAGGAGAAUCAGUGAGGAUCUACAGGAACAGGACUGAGAGUCAGUGGAUCUACAGGAACAGGAGAAUCAGUGAGGAUCUACAGGAACAGGAGAAUCAGCGAGGACUGAAAUGGAGCUCAAUCCGUUCAGCAGUGUUUGCUAAUCAGACCUCAAUCCUGUGCACAAACUGACCUCACAUGCCAUUUCCACUGAUUUGCCUGAGAAGACAGAAAUCCUGCCUGGAAGAAAACCUCAGUUCUGGGAAUAAAACAUCUUUUUCCGGCGUUAUUCUCUGAAAUGAUUCAGUAUUUUGGUAGCAGAUUAUUGUUUUAUUAACGGAAAUUAACGUUUGCGUAAAAAGUAUUUUUGUUCCCGACCGGCGUGUUAAAGGAGCACUGAGCAGAGCUGCUGGAAACCAGAGCCCCCUCAUGAGCAUAAAGCGGACCGGAGCUUCACUCCUCUCUCCCUCCGAGUGGCAUGAAGCUGCAGGCUGUCUGUGCUCAGUCCUGAAGCCGAGCUGCUGACAAGCGACCCAGCAAACCCAGUAAACCCAGCAAACCCAGUAAACCCAGUAAACCCAGCAUGGCCUGUGAGAGCUGAGAGCUGAAACCGCUCGGAGACACUGAAAGCGCUGUUCCGCAGGAGUGAUGGAGGUGUUGGAGCAAGUGCCCACGGAAAGUGAGCUGGUGUUCCAGGCUAAAGUGCUGUGCCGGGAGUUCAUGUACUCCAGAGUAACUCGGGAAGGACUGAGCUGGUCCCGGGUGGAGGCGGCUCCUCGUGCGGCUCCUCGUGCGGCUCCUCGCGCGGCUCCUGCAGCUCUCGCGCGUGCAGCCCUGGUGCUCCUCAAGCUGGGUGAUGAACUGGAGAACAUGCGGCCACACGUCUAUCGAAACAUCGCCAAGCAGCUGAAUAUCUCGGUGGCGAUGGAGGCUGUGGUGUUGGAUGCUUUUCUCUCUGUAGCGACUGAAAUCCUCUCCCUCGGGAUCACGUGGGGGAAAGUGGUGGCCAUCUUUGCGGUUGCUGGUGGUCUGGCGGUGGACUGUGUGCGACAGGAGUGUCCGGCUGUAGUGCACACUAUAGAGGAGAGUCUAGGGGAGUUUGUGAGGAAGAGCCUAGUGCCCUGGCUCAGGAGGAGAGGAGGAUGGGGGGACAUUUUGAAGUGUGUGAGGAACGUAGAGAGGCGCACUCAAACACACUGGCUCUCAUCAGUCGUACUGACCUGGAGACACCUUGUGAAGAUGAUCUACAUCUACCUGAUGAAGUAACUGUGAGGCAUGAAGGACAUUUUACCUCUUUAGCUCUCCAAAUGGACAGAUGGUUGUGCCCUCUAGUGGCUCCACUCUGUACUACACUCUUAAAAUCAGUGCUCAGCUUCAGGUCCACACAUUCUGUGCAAAUGCAACAAUAUGCACAGCAUAUAAUAAUGACUGAGUUUUAAAGAAAGCUACAUUUUCUAGUGGCACUAUAUAAUCACAUAUAAGAAAUAUAAAUAUAUUAAUAUUACAAAUUAUUUCUAAGCUCCUUUAAGCCACGCCCCUUACCUGAGUCAAGAAAGUGAUUUGUCUUCAAGGCUGUCUCUGUUUUUAGCACUUUUUAAAUAAUAUUUAUUUUUAUAUAUUAAUAUUUAAAUAUAUUUUAGUGCAAUCUUGUUGCUCAUGUGUUGGUCUGGAUCCAACACUGACUGACUUUAUACCGUGUGAACACUGUGUUUGUUCUGAGUGAUGACUUUUUUAACUUUUAACUUGAUUUUUAUUGCAUGAAUGAACUUUUAUUUAUUAUCUGAUUUCUCACACUGAUGUGGAGAACCAUGCUGCACUUUUGCUUUGUGUUUGAGCACGUUUGAUAUAUGCAUGCUACAAUAAACAUUCAAAUUUC